AUGGUCGGUUUAAUUAUGUUGGCCUGCGGGUUCAUCGACAUGGAACAGCGGCCGAGGGAAAGGACGUGAGGAUUUCCAUUACGGGCAAACGAAAGGGGCUACUGGCUACUCAGACGUAUAUAUAUUGCUUUUAGUACUAUUAUAGACCGAGGCGUUGCACUUGCACUCCUUUUCUCAUUUCCGUUCAUUUUCGGCAGCUUUUGAGGUUCCCCCAAAAAACCUCUUCUUCCUGGUCCUAGUUAGCAAGUAAUCCACAAAAAAUAUUGCUUCCACUUAAUACUAUUCAGUAUUAGCCCUUUAGGUUGCCAAGGAGACCAUUAAAUUGCGGCUUCGAUGGCCUUAUUUAGACGUUAAACCCGGGAAAUCAUAGCCGAAUAAUCUUCAUUUGUGGAAUUAUUUUGUUCGGCACGGGUCCUUUGAUCAUCGCGUAAUUUUCUUAAUUAUGUUGUUAAAUGCCUGAGGCUGUUCUCAGUUCUCUUCCCAUUUCAGGCCAUCGAAACUGGAGGGCCGAGUGAGCCGACGUCGGAAUGGCGCAGCUUCGGGCGUCUCCGGUCCAUGGCCCUCGUUGUCGAUUCUUUUGCCUCAGCUCCGGUCCAGUCCAUCGAGUUCAUCGAGCGAUUCCAGUCCGGAUUAUUCCAGCGAAGGCCCCUCAACAAGUCAAACACGUAGGUAAGUGUUAUUCGGGAUUGAGACUUCGACGACUACUCACUGACAAGCGUAUCGUUUAUUACCGACUAAUCGGAAUUAUCAGCAUUGCCGCAACAGUUUACAGCCAAGACCCUUGUUAUAACAUCCCCCGCUCAGCCACUCGUUCCUGACAUUAACAGUCCCUUAGGAAUAAUUUCGUUUAUUUUUUUGACUAAUUUGGCCGAAAUCCAAUUAAUUAAAAUGAAAAGAAUCCGAGAGAUAAGAUGAAAGACGAGUCGCAGCGCCCGAUCUGCCCAAAGCUCGUGCAGAUCUCUUAUUUCAGCCUAUCGGAUCUCUAAUUUCAGCGACAUUCGUGUCCAUAAAAGAAUCCCAAAGAAUGUUUCCUCUUUUUUCAAUUCUUACUAACGCAAAAAAUGCGAGCGCCGUGACUGGAGUAGGAGGGAUCGGAGCGGAGACGUGAUGGAAGACCUCGUUCGAGAGUUGGUUCUGCACUUGGCCAAACCGUGCGUCUCUUAAGGGCGCGGGAAUGACGGGUCGUCUGGCUUCUCUUCGGCCGCUCCAGUCUCUCCGAAUCAGUCCGGGUGAACGCACGCUCCGCUCCGGGGGUUAGAGCCAGUCGAGAGUGCGGUCGGCCGAAGAGAGAGGGGCUGUGGAAGACGGGGGAAGGGUCGCAGAGGGGAGAGCCGACCGGCGAGGCAGUGUGGCGCCGAGCACCCAGAGCGGGCAGACAGCCGGCCCUCCCCAGCAAGCAACCGCGCAUUCGCCGGGUCGUUUUUGUGGCCGGGUCUUCUUUUUUCCCCUUUCUUUUUUCUCUUUCCUACCUCGCUCUCGAUCUCGACUCACCUCACCCCCUCUCCCACUCUCGCGCGUAACCAGAUAAGCUCCCUCCUCCAGCAACAUCGUCAUUCUCGCUUUUUAAAAUUACAUAUUUUCUUCCAUUUGGGGAAAACAUUAUUCGAAUACUUUUUCCAACUUUGUAGCCACAUUCUCGGGUUAUUUUUUGUACUUUUCGAAUUAAAAACACAAUUAGAACCCAAAAAGAAAUAAAAUGGGGAAUUUAUCGAUAAAAACAAUUAAACUUCCAUUGCCAGGCCUUCGUUUCCCGGCUAAAGCUUCUAUUUCUGAGUGCUUAUAGAUGGAUUAAAUGCGCGAGAUUAAAAGAAAUCCAGCGAUAAGAGCUGUACGAUGCAAUCCCAGUUGUAGUAUCAGAUUCCCUGUGCUCGAGUCUAGCAGCAUAUGAGUAAUCAGAGUAAUCCUAUUAUCAUCAUCCGCGUAUGUUGAAGGGUUAUUUAUUUGUACUAUUAUGUGACUGUAAAAUUAACGACCCGAUUUGAAGACGGCUCGUUUAAAAAAGUUUUGACCCAGAACCCGUCCGAGAACUCUUGCGCAUACGAAAAACUGCUCGCAGCUUUUUUUUAACUUUACCCAGCGCCGUUUUUUCGCUUUCGUAUAAGAUUGCGAAGGCUUUACAUAACAGUUAUAUGUUUCAGAAAUUCACCGAGUGCUAGUCGAAUACAACAAAUUCCAGAUUCCUUGGCCCACAAAAAUCAGGGAAAGUUCAAGGUGGGUAGCCGAAUUCAGUUUCCAAAUAUUUAAAUCGAAUAUUCGAUUCUCAAAUGCGAAACAAAAUAUUUUAUCACCAUCUCUUCUUGGUCAUCUAGCAGUAUUUUUGUGGGCGAUUUUUCACAAAAUCAGUUUCUGAAUAGUCAUCGAAGCACGUUUAAUACAAAUUGUGGCAUUCUUGAACCCAGUUUAAUUUUUUUGAGCUUUUUUCUACUGCUUGACCAGAUUCAUUUCCUGUGGCCAUUCGAAUUCUAAUGGAAAACAGAAUUCCCUUUCCUUUUUUUCUUUCCUUCGGCCUUUUAUCUCUUUUUUUACUUAACAUAACUUGAUUCUGCGCCGACUCCCGAUGGCUUUGUUACCGACGGAGAGGGCCGCAGUCGAAAGAGCUGAUUGUGCCAAUUCUACGGAUUAGUUUCAGGAAGAAAGGGUAGUCCCUCAGGCCGAGUCGAAGGAGGAAUCUGCAACAGGGUCCCCCAGGUCGAAUGUUCGCAUGGAGCCGAACGCCCCUCCCCCAACCUCUGCACCGCCUUAUAUGACGUCAGCAGCAGGUUACAUACCCCAGCAACAUUACGAAUAUGUGCAUCCAGAGAGUCAAGGGCUCUAUCCUGUAGAUCAGGUAAAUAAACUCUUGAUUUAAUGUUGUUUUUUUCAAGAUUUGUUUUUUAUUUUUGUUUUCUUUGUAGCCAUACUACGUAUCCAACGAAUAUAACACCCACUACAUCCACGAAGUCCCCGCUGACUCACGAUAUGUCGUAGAACAAGGCCAGCCGGCGCAAAUGGGAUAUUAUCAGAAUGGUCCCAACCAAAUGUAAGACCCCUCUAACAACCCUAACCGCCUUAUUUAGGGAAGCUGUGCACUGUAAUGGAUAUCCGCCCCAUCCACAACCCAGCUCUUCCGCCAUUUAUAUGGCUCCAGGGUACCCUCCCGCCCCUGGUCCUUCUGGAGCAGUUUACAUCAGUGCCGUCCCUCCUCAGGGGUACCCAGACGCUCGUGUUUAUCCAGACCAAGUCCGGAUGUCAUACCCUCCGGGAAAUAGGUAAGACUUAAGGGAAGAAAAAAAGGGAUUUGAAGCCGGCUAAAUUCCAGUCCUCCCAAAAAGGUGGCUCCUCAACCUCGCCGUGUUGUGGCGAAUGGCCAGCAGCAACAGGAUUCCGUUGACCUGACCGUCUUGGAAGCAGAAGUCGCCAGGUUCGAAAUAAUCGGAGUCUUGUGAUUUGUCUGCUGCUUUUGUUGAUAGGCGGUUAUCAUAGUUGAGUAGAUCCAUGUAAACUUAUCCACUUUCAGAAAUGUAUCCCAAAUACUUCACGCAUCCAGAAGUGCCGAACAAGUAUCUUCUCCACACAUGACAAACUCUCCCAUGGAUAUGACUGGUCCAAGGCCAGGUCCAGAUUCUAGUCCAAGUAAGGUGUCACAAAAAGGAGGAUCCAAGAAAAGACCAUCUACGACAAGUCUGCCUUCUAUUCCUGCAAAUGACCCGAAUGAGCCAAAAAAACAAUUUCAAUGUCAGGACUGCAAGAAGUAUGUCAGUUCGGCCAGAAAUCUGAAGAGGCAUGAGAAUUCCUGUAAAGCAAAGAAGGUAGAUUUUUUUUAUUUUAAAGCGGAUAUGUUAAACUAGUAAUAAUCAAUUUUAAAUACUUUCAGACAAGUGUUGGAGGUCCACCUAGUGAUAAGCCCGCCUCGGCAGGUAGUCCGGCGAAGGCUCCAUCGCCCAAUAAGCCCGCUCCAAUACCUCAGCCACCUUCCAAUUACCCACCUCCCUACCCUAAUACUACGAAUGCGGCGAUGCCCCCAGUCAGCGUCCCAUAUCCGCCACACGGUCCCCCUCCACCCCCUCCGGGCAGAUUUCCUGGAUAUCCCCAGUCAGCAGUGCCUCAGGCAAAUCCCGGUCCGAUCUUCGAAUAUCCGAGCACCGGUGGGUAUUGUUUUUUAAUUCUUACUUCUUUAGGAAUGACCAGUGGAAUGCAUUCAGCGCCUCCAGUAAUCAGCAGUUACAAUCCGCCUCUUCCCAGUUACCCUGGGCCCAGUCCGCAACAUCAUCCCCCUCCGCAAUCAACCGCUUUCCAACAACGCCAUGCGGCCCCUCCGGCCGAGUUUAAUGAAGGAAACAACGGCUAUGGCUUUAGCCAAAACAUGGAGGCCUAUCUUGAUACUACGAUUGAUGAGGUUGGGCACAAUCCACUGGCUUUUAUUGGGGGAGCAGAGUGGGUUUUUUUUUUGAAAACAUUGUGUACUACCAAGGUGUGAUUCAUUUCUAAACAAACUGUUUAGUUAUGACAGCGGUCAUUCUGGUGAGCAAUCUAUGAGUGCCACAUCUGAAUUUGCGUCAGCUUCCAACAGCCAACUAAAAGAGGAUCACAAUGAAUCCAAACCUGACAAUGGAAAUACCCAUCAAGCUGGAGCUUCGGAUGCAUCAAAGGCGGGGAAAAAGAGUGAAAAGAAUACAAAACCUACCGACUUCCAAUGUGAUGAUUGUAAAAAGUACAUGUGUUCCCAACGGAGUUUGAGAAGACAUAGGACAACCUGCAAGAUGAUCCCACAAAACAACAUCCCCGCCCCUCCAACCGGGAGUUCAGCAAACCCUCAGCCCGUUAAUCCCGUUAUGAAGGAGGAAAGUAAACUGUAAGUUACAUCGUCAAUUCAAAUAAUUCUAAAAUCUUUUAGUAAGCCUGAUCCUCAAUGUCAUUGCGGCCAGAGUUUCACGGACGUUGAGAAAUUUGAAAGUCAUAAAGCGACGUGUAAAGAGUAAGAUUGUUUGAUCGUAUUUAUCACGAAGGCUUUAGAGUAAAAAAAGAAAUUGGAGCCACCUCUGAAGGACCUUCACCCUUCAAUGGAGAGAAGACUUUAAUGCCCCCACCAGAGGCCGAAGAAUCAAAAGAAGAGCAGAAUGGGCCUCAACAAUAUCAAGAAGUAAAAUACGAACAGCCGGGAACCAGCAAUGUGACAGUUGGGGAACAUCUUCGACAAAUCCAUGGCAAACCUAUCCAGGUUCCGGUACAGAAGAAACUCAUAAAGAAACCGCCAAUCUUGAAUAGAAAAGGGACAGAAGGCGAAGAUCAGACUAACCAUGUCACCCAACAACAGCUGCCUCCACAACAUCCACACGCCCAAUUACAACAUCUUCAGCAAGUCCCACAUCUCAUGCAAGCCCAGGCAAUUCACAUGCAAUAUCAACAAGGGCCGCCUCACGAUGCCCCGCACAAUCAACAGAACCCUCUGCCGCAACAACAGGCUCCGCAUGGACAGAAUGCAGAGAAUGAGGAGGAGGCCAACAGAAAGUCGGAACAAGUGGCUGACGUUGUUAAUUCGGUAGUUGAGAAGAUCAGACGGCAGAAUGAAUCUUGGGAAUCCCAACCAUUGAAACGCCCGGCCCCAUCUCAGCAAAGCCCUGUGCAAGCUAAGAUUUCAAGACAAGAGUUUAACGAGUCGCCUAAGGGAAUUCCUAAACAGAAGGUGCAAAAUACUCAACAGAUUACACCCCAAGGCAUACAAAUGGGAGUAAGGCCUCAGCUGGUGAUGCCUCCUAGGCAACUUAUAAUGAGUCAGGCAGGCUAUCCUAUGGGGGAUCAUGCCCCGACCUCGGCUCCUCCAACUUAUGUGCAUCCUCUACAACCCACACCAACCUCAGCACCACCAACUUCAGCACAAAACAUUCCUAAGGAAGCUGUCCGGUAUCUUUGCCCAGAAUGUUGUAAAACGUAAGUUUUCCUAUUCGUCAUCAAAAUAUUGGAUUUUAGAUAUUCAUGUCGGAAGCAUAUGAAGAAUCACAGACAGAAAGAGCACGGCUUGACCGAUGAACAAGUGGAAGGAACCAAUGCAGCCAAAAGAGUGAAGGUAAACAAUGACGGCUUUAUUAUAAACCCUGGAUACGACCGCGAGAACGAGCUAAUUAGACAACGAUUCCAAGCCAAUCCACCGAAACCUUCGAAGAAAAAGACAAGCACUCCAACAACAAUUCCUCAAACCAACCGCAAUGAAGAUGGGAGAUCAAUUGUGAACAUGCAGCAACCUCACAGCGUUCCUUCAACGCAAGGCCCCAGUGUCUAUUACGAGCACGGUAAUUACACCCCAAUGAGUGCAAUGGAUCCCUUGUCCCAAUCCUCUGAAUCUUCCACGCCCCAAUACGAACAACUGCAACCAAUGCCAAUGGAUUAUAGCCAAGGGGGACCCACAUUGGGGUCUUAUCCAUUAAGACCUUUUAAUCAUGCUGAUGACUUGGAUGUUUGGGAUCAGAUAAAAGCUCGGGUGGAUGGUCCCUUUAAUCACACACGAGCGGACGAACUGGAUGUAGCCAGAAUAGCGGCGGAUCUAAAGAGAUCUGCUGAGGAAAGCCAACUUGGCGAGCUUCAAGUGGCGGGUUAUCAUCAGAUGACUCACUAUUCUGAUCAGAUGGUGGUCGAAUCAAGAAAACCAGUCGAAUUGGCUGAGGCAGACUCUACUUAUUGUGAAGACUUGGAUGACGCUUCAGAGUAAGUUAUAUCUUUAUGCUAAUUUCAUCACUUCGCGACCGUAAAAAAAUCUAACUUGGGUAUACUUUAGUCGAAUGGCUUCAUCGACCAUGAUUUCAAAGCAUCUGAACCCAAUUGGAGCUUAUAUGACAGAUGUUGAACUAAGUCAUCAGAUACAUGCCCUGGAGGCACCAAAAGUUUUGCCAAAAGUAGAGAAGAAGACGCCGAGAGCCCAAACACUGGGCAAAUCUGAUCGCAAACGACCUUGCCCAACUUGUGGCCGUCUCUUGUCUACGGAUUACUCGUUAAAACGUCAUUCAACGAAAUGCAAACAGAACCAGUCCCAAGGAAGCGUGGUCACCGAGAACAAUCUCGAGAAUUCCAAUGAUUCUGCGCCCCCUGAACCCUCCACUGAUGAUUCUCACAGCGCUGACCCUGACAGUACCACCUUGAAUCCUCCAAAUACGGCGAGCCAGCAAAGUGCAGACAUUUCCGAAAGUGGGAAUCAGAAUGGGACGGCGAGUGAGACUAUUCCUCAAAACGAACCUCCUCAAAUUGCAAUUGAACAGUCAACGGCCGCCGAGAAUUAA